GAAACACAUCUCUUUGAUGUCCCGAAUGACAGAAACGCCCCCUUCUGGGCGUACCGGAACGACAGCUGGGACCGACUCGCUGUGCCGUGAAAGACAGACAUGAUUGUGUGACACAUGACGUCACAGCCUCCAGGGAAACCAUAUUUAUGGCGUUCCGUACCGGAGUUUAUGUAUUUUGCCGCUGAUUGAUGGGCAAUUUCCCUGCCUCCCCCCGACUGCUCGUGCGCGCAGUCCUCCCCAUGUAUUACAGGAGUGAUUGAUAUUUUCCAAAAGACAUAUUCAUCACGAUGCGAGGCAAAUGCAAUAAUCUCAAGCUGUACGGUGCGUAUGUUCGGGAAGAAAGUUAAUUUGAAGUUAAGAUGCAAGUAACCGCCGUGAAGGACGUGGAAUGUCAGAACGAGAAACGGCGGUAAAUUCUGUUAGAAUAUGCGAGUUUUCCAGUCUGAUUGAACAGUGUCAGGCGGCGGUCGAAACUAAUUUGCUGUGGCCCGAGGCUGGGAGACAGCCGGGAGCGUUUUCUCCUGCGGGAGCGCUUUUGAAGAGCCAGCAGCUUCAUAUAACAUCCCCACUCAGCCCAGAAGCCGUCGCUGACGGGUUGCUAACAGGUUGCGUUCCCUCCCAGCUCUAUCUGCGGCCCGCAGCCUCUGUGCGCUCCGCACCGCGUUUGCAAACCAAAGUGUGCAGAGACCCCGAACAGGCGCGUGCCCGCUGCCCAGAGCCCGCAGAAACAGACAGGGGUGAACAUGGCGACCCGGAGAGCGCUGGGACUACACUGGGCCCUGAUCUUUCUCUGGCGAAUCGCUCCGUUAGCUAGCGGAGCUUCAUACCGAGUACGACCACAGCCUACUGCUGUCCUGCAUGGUCAAACUGUGGUCCUGAGAUGUGCUUUUGAUCAAAUCAGUGACAAGGAUAUUGUGAUAUGGG